GAGCACUCCGGAGCGCCGCGCCUGCGCACUCAGCCAGCCGCCGCGCCGACCCCGCGGACGUGCGCUCUCGGCUUCGUCUUCGGAACCUCUGGCUUAGAGAUGCGCCGCUGCCGGGCCCUUACCUGCUCCAGAUGUCUGUGGAGCUUAAGAACACCAUGGAGCUCGUCAAAGUAUGACACUGAAGAAUAUGAUGGCUGAAAACAACUUAAAAAUGCUGAAGAUUCAGCAACGUGUAGCCAACAAACUACCUAGGAACAGACCAUACAUUUGUAACAUUUGCUUCAAGCACUUUGAAACACCAUCAAAAUUAGCUAGGCAUUAUCUCAUUCAUACCGGUCAAAAGCCAUUUGAAUGUGACGUAUGUCAUAAAAACUUUAGACAAUUAGUUCAUCUGGAGAGGCACCAGUUAACUCACAAUUUGCCUUUUAGUUGUAAUAUUUGCCAACGCCACUUUAAAAAUCUGAAGACAUUUGUGAAGCACCAGCAGCUUCACAAUGAAUCCUAUCACAAUGAUGUUAAAGUCAGAAGAUUGCUUGAGACCAAGCAAGAGAAGCCUGUGUAUGGAGUAUAUAAUACUUUCACUGCAGAGGAAAGACGGGCACUACACCCAUGCUCUAAGUCUGAUCCCACGUACAGCACUACAAAGAGAAGAAAGCAUAUUCAUGCAUGUACAAUCUGUGGCAAAAUGUUUCCAUCACAAUCAAAACUUGAUAGGCAUGCACUUAUUCAUACUGGGCAGAGGCCUUUUAAAUGUGUCCUGUGCAGUAAAUCUUUCCGACAGUCAACUCACUUAAAAAUCCACCAACUCACACAUUCAGAAGAAAGACCUUUUCAAUGUUGUUUUUGUCAAAAAGGAUUUAAGAUUCAAAGCAAACUUCUGAAGCAUAAACAAAUCCACACUAGGAAUAAGACUUUUCAGAAUCUCUCUUUAAAAGUAAAGAGUCCUGAAUCAUGUCCCCUACCUAAUAAAUUAAAUGCAAAGCAGGAUGCUUUUGAAAAUGGUGAUAUGGGUGAAUCUGAGGAGAAUAAUCCUCUUGAUGUCCACUCUAUUUAUAUCGUCCCUUUUCAGUGUUCAGAGUGUGAAGAAUGCUUUGAGUCAGAGCAGAUUCUCAAAGGACACAAGUGUCUUCCUGCCAGAGGUGGCAGAAUUCCAAGCAGGCUCAAAAGAAGCUGUAACUAUAAGACCGUUGUUAAAAAGCUCUUGGCUAAACUUAAACGUGCUGGGGGUAAAAAAUCAGAUAACCUUCAAUCAGAGAAAAGAACAUUUAAAAGCAACUGCUUGAAAAAUUGCGAACGUACUCCUGGUGAGCAGAACGUGGAACAAACUCAGAGAAUUUGUGUGGGUUCCCUUGGCAGACAUGGAUCAUGUAAGGCAGUUAGCAAAAAGAAGAAGAAAGCACUAACGUUGCCAUUUUCUUGGCAAAAGCAAUUUCAGAGCCAAAAUAUGGGUAAAAGUUUGCAAGGUAUCUUUACAACAGGAAGCCUAUUAACUAUGGAUGGUUCUGUGAAUAAUAAAGACUUGUCAAUCUUUGGUUCAUCAGGUGAGGAAUACUUUAAUAACUGUGACAUGCUUCAAUGUGGGUUUUCAGAUUCAAGUGAAAAUAUACAUACUGGACAUAAAAUGUGCCCCUGUGAUAAAUGUGAGAAAGUGUUUCCUUCUAUCUCUAAACUACAAAGACACUAUUUAAUUCAUACUGGACAGAGGCCUUUUGGCUGUAAUGUUUGUGGGAAAUCUUUCAGACAGUCGGCUCACUUAAAAAGACAUAAACUAACUCAUAUUGAAAAGAUUCCCUAUAGUUCCUUUUGGCAAGUGGACUUUGGAAAUGUGAACAAACUUUUUGUUCAUCCAAGUGAUGAUGUUAGCUAUAAUGCCUCCCAACAGUGUGAGGGGCUUAGUUUUCACAAGUAUGAGGGCUCAGAGUCCAAUCAGGUCUCGGGGACUGAAGUCAAGGCGGAGUCAGAGGAUUUCAUUCUCGGUCCCCACUGUCGGAACAGGCAGUCUUACCUCACUAACACACUUUUGGAGUCAGAGCAGAGCCGUCACUGUUACAGUUAUUUAGACCGUCCUGAAAGAAGUGAUGGGCUCCUUUACCAGUGCAGUGUGUGCUGUAAAAAUUUCCGGUCUCCGUCCAAACUAGAAAGACACUAUUUAAUCCAUGCAGGGCAGAAACCAUUUGAGUGCUCAGUCUGUGGCAAAACAUUCAGACAAGCACCUCACUGGAAGAGACAUCAGCUCACUCACUUUAAAGAACGGCCACAGGAGGAAGUAGGUGUUCUAGCUUCAGUUAUGUAACACAGAACCACUGAUGCAUCUGUGGCCUCUGGUGAGAUAAUAUCCUCUGAGACAUUUUGCUGAAGGCCUACAUUAGAGAAUGGCUGCAUAGGCAAUUGCUUGUCUUGCAUAAUAAGGAGUAAGUUAAAUAAAAUCAGUGUUUUAAAAACAGCCGAAUGACUUGAGAAGGCAUAUGCCAUAACUAGGUAUCGAAGGUUGUCAGUGUAUAACUUUGGUUGUAUUAAAAGGUAUGAAUCCAUCAUCAGUUUGGCCUGAUUUGUUGAAUUACUCCUUAAGACAUUGUGUCUUUAUAUAUUUUCCCAAAUGAGGCCAGAAUUGCCAUUCAGCUAUAGUAAAUCACCUGCCAUAGUUUAUUUUACAUGGACACUUCCUUGAGUUCUAUUGCAAAACAUUUUUCUUAUAAGUUAAAAGAUAAAAGGACAACAGAUGGGGGGAAUUACAGCUUUUUCAUAGUGAUUUUUUUGAGACUGGCAAUUUUACCUUCUUAGUCAGAAGUGUCCCCUCCCCAUCUAGGCUGCUGUUAUUUUUCCCUAAGGAAUUGAAACAUAGGAAAAAGGUGGGUUACACCCGUGAAUAUUUACCAUCCAAAACUGUUUACAUUUACACGGGUAUUUCCCAAGUGCCAUGAGCUUUUCUGAUAUGUCUGCAGUUGUAUCUUUUUAGACACUUAAAUGCAGUGCACCUGUUUGCUCAUUAGUGGUUGGGAGCAGUAGCCAGGAACAAAGCUUUGCUUUAACGGCUCUGAGCGGCCCUGGCUUAACUAAGUCUAUUCUGCCAAAUUUGAUCAAAUGGUGAUAGCUAUGUAGUUUCUGUUUUCACACCUCUGUGAAAGACACUAAUGCUAUAGUAUUGUUUUAAUCUUUGUUGUUACUUCAGUUAGUAAGGAUAUUGUCCCUGUAUAGGAAUAAGAGCUGCUAGAGUUCAGGGCAUCAUUUUUUUUCUAAACAGUAUUGUCAUGAUUUGACAAAACAUUUCAUUUACUCUUAAUCUUUGAGAGAAGUAUCUCAGUCACAGAUUGUCCUUCACAUUUGUGGCAGUUUGUAAAAUCAUUGACUAACAUCGUCUAGCAGUAAAAAGAGUAACUGUUCUGAGGUGAAAAGAAAUGGGUGGGUAUUUAGCACACUUAAAUAUAGUCAAAAGCCUGCUGCUAGAAGUGUGGGCAGUUAAGUAAGUGUAAACAUUGAUCAUGGUGUAAGAGCUGUACUUUGUGAGGGGAGGAAAAAGGAAAAACUUUCAACCCACAUGAAUCUUAUGAACUUGGGUUUAAUUUACAGAGAUAAAAUGUGAUGGCAUGAGUAAAAUAGCUGAAUGAUAUACAGAUGUGCCUAUUUUUAAGUAGAGAUGUUCAUCUAAAGAGGAGAGCCACAUGCUUGAAGGAAUAACUUCUCUUCUGUUUCUUUGAGAUUUGAGGUGUGUUUUUCCAGCACAAGCAAGAUAUGGUUUACAGAAUUGUCUUUGCACAGAACUCUUGCAGGACAUUUUGCAUAAAAGCAAAGCAUAAAUAGUUCAUGUUUUCCAAGAGUAAAAGUUCAAGAAUAUUUAAUGUGUAAAAUUAUGGAUUUGAGCAUUUCCCAAAUUAUUUAUAUAAUUUUAUUUGAAGGGAAAUGCCUGACAUAUUUCUUUCCCACCUAAACAGGGAGAGUUGAAUGUUGUGCUCGUAUAACUAAGAAUCUUUGCCUGAGUAAUAAUAAGAUGCUUUGUUUAUUUUGGUUUGUUUUUUGGUGGGUUUUUUUUUUUGGCUCAUGCCUUUUAAAGCUGUUUCAUAUUGAAAGUUGGAAUACUGUAAAAAUUUUGUCAAGAGAUGUACUGUAGUGCUAUUUGAAGUACCUGUAACAAAAUAUUUACCUUAUUAUCAUUGCAAGCUUCUUAUGGGAACUGUAGAAGUGAAAAUAAAGUACGAAUUCAUGUUAAGAUAAACAUGUUAAAUGAUGGUUUGCUGCAUGCAAGAACUGUACUUAUUGUUGAGUCAAUUAUUUUGGUUUUCUGGAAAAAAUAAAACUUUAUAAAUAUCUUUUAA